AUGUCGGAAACAGACGGCGUCUUCUCCCACGAUCACCGAUCAACGAUUGUCAAGGUUCUCCUCGAUUCCCUCAAGAUUUUCCAAAAAAACAAACUGACUUUCGUUUCCAUUUUUGCCCUCACGACCCUCCCGCUUUCCCUUCUCCUCUUCUCCCUCUCCCUCUCCUCGCACCCCCUCAAAUCCCACAUCUACCACCUUGAAUCCCUCGCACGCCUCGCCCCCACGCGAUUCGAGGCCCGCCAGGUCUGGAAGGAGUCCCGCGACGACGCCAUCUCGCUCCUCCGCAUCAAGGUCGUCUUCUUCUUCCCCUCCUACGCCCUCUCACUACUCGCUUCCAUCGCCGCCGUGACAGCCGCCUCGACAUCAAUCCAUGGAAAACGCCCCACUCUCCGCUCAUCCCUUAACGCCGUCAAGAUCACUUGGAGAAGGCCGUUAGUCACGUCCAUCUGUAUCUACGCGCUGUCGAUAGCGUCCGCACUAGUGCUCCGCACUUUGUCAACUGUAUUCAAUUCGUCCUGGUCCAGAUUGGUCAUCAUGGUUCUCGGGUCGGGUCUGGAAAUAUACCUGAUGGGGAUGAUGGGCCUGGGGCUAGUGGCGUCGAUUUUGGAAGAGAGGUACGGGUGGGAUGCAAUUCGGGUCGGGUGGGAGUUGAUGGCGGGUAAGAAGCUAUGCGGGUGGGUGAUGUCGGGCAUGUUCGUGUUGUUUACGUGGGCGGUUGCGAGGAAGCUGGAGGAAGUGAUGGAUGGUGAGGAUUUGAUGGAGGGAUCAUCGACGGCGACGCUGACGAGGGUGGUGGUGGGCAUUGAGGAUAAAUUGGGUUGGGUAAUUUUGUACGGGUUAGUGGUGCUUUGGGGGUACGUUGUUACCACGGUUUUUUACUGCGACUGUAGGAAACGCCACGUAAGUGGAGGUGGUGAAAAUGAGGACGGCCCUGAUUGA